UAAUCUUAAUUUUAAUAUCAGGUUUGGCUCUCGCUUUCAUUUCCUCACCUGAUGCAUCUCAGCAGCAUCUAAUAACAUGAAUCUUCUGCAAGGUCAAAUUGACAAGAGAGAGAGAGAGAGAUUGAUUAAAUCUUCCACACAAGAUAGUGAACAGACAAUGUUACCAUCAAACUUCUUAAGGUUGUUGGAUUCACAGAGCAAACUCUAUUUGGGUUGCCAGGACUUGUCCACACUAAUCCCCUCCUAUCUUCACCGCCUCAAACUCUGCACCAAACACCAAGCCCCAUUAAAUGCCAAAAAAAUCCAUGCCCAGAUCGUUAAAAGUGGCCUAAACCAAUGCCAACCCUUACCCAACACGCUCUUGGAUGCGUAUGGCAAAUGUAAUCUGCUUCAAGAUGCACAUUACCUGUUCGACGAAAUGCCUCAAAGAGACCAUGUCUCCUGGGCCUCGAUUCUCACUGCAUACAAUCAAGCAAAGCUCCCCAACAAGACUCUAUCUAUUUUCCAUUAUAUGUUCACUACUGAUAGGCUUCAACCGGACCAUUUUGUGUAUGCUACUCUCCUUAAGGCGUGCGCUAGCUUAUGCGCUUUAAGGCUAGGCAAACAAGUGCAUGCUCGCUUUGUUUUAUCCCCUUUUGUUGAUGAUGAUGUUGUUAAAUCAUCUUUGGUUGAUAUGUAUGCAAAAUGUGGAUUGCCAAGUAUUGCGCGUAGUGUAUUUGAUUCAAUUUUGGUGAAAACGUCAGUUUCUUGGACCGCAAUGUUAUCUGGGUAUGCUAGGAGUGGGUUAAAAGAUGAGGCUAUGGAGUUAUUUUUAAGGACUCCAGUAAGGAAUUUGUAUUCUUGGACUGCUUUGAUAUCUGGAUUGGUGCAGAGUGGAUAUUGUAUUGAUGGUUGUUAUAUGUUUAUUGAAAUGAGAAGAGAAGGGGUUGAUAUAGUAGACCCAUUAGUCCUUUCAAGUGUAGUUGGUGCCUGUGCUAAUUUAGCAGUUUUGGGACUUGGAAAGCAAAUUCAUGGCCUAGUUAUUGGUUCUGGCUAUGAAUCUUGCUUGUUUAUAAGCAAUGCACUUGUGGACAUGUAUGCAAAAUGUAGUGAUAUUUUUGCAGCCAGGAAUGUUUUUAAUAGAAUGCUUCAUAGAGAUGUUGUCUCGUGGACUUCUAUAAUAGUUGGGGCAGCUCAGCAUGGAAGAGCCCAGGAAGCAUUGGAUUUAUAUGAUCAAAUGGUUUUAGCUGGAAUAAAACCAAAUGAAGUGACCUUUGUUGGAUUGAUCUAUGCUUGCAGCCAUGCUGGGUUAGUUAGCAAGGGCCGAAAACUUUUUAAGGCGAUGAUUGAGGAUUAUAGGAUUAGUCCCUCCUUGCAACUCUUCACAUGCUUCUUGGACCUUCUUAGUCGAUCUGGGCACCUCAACGAGGCUGAGGAUCUGAUUAAAACAAUGCCGCAUAAGCCUGAUGAACCUACAUGGGCAGCUUUAUUAAGCGCUUGCAAACACCAUGGAAAUACUGAAAUGGGACUGAGGAUUGCUGAUCGUCUACUGAGCUUGAAUAUGCAUGAGCCUUCAACCUAUGUACUGUUAUCUAAUGUUUAUGCAGGUGCUGGUAAGUGGGAACAGAUGUCAAGAGUUAGAAAGUUGAUGACAGAUAUGGAAGUUAAGAGGAAGCCUGGUUAUAGUUCCAUUGACCUUGGAAAGGAAAGCCAAGUAUUUUAUGCUGGGGAAACAUGUCAUCCCAUGAAGGAUGAAAUAUUUGGUUUGCUUAAAGAAUUAGAUGCAGAGAUGAGGAAAAGGGGUUAUAUACCUGAUACUAGCUAUGUUCUACAUGACAUGGAAGAGCAAGAUAAAGAGCGGGAGCUUUUCUGGCAUAGUGAGAGAUGGGCUGUAGCUUAUGGACUGCUUAAGGCUGUUCCAGGAACAGUCAUACGGAUUGUGAAAAAUCUUCGUAUUUGUGGAGACUGCCAUACCUUUCUCAAACUCACUAGUAGAAUUGUGCAUAAAGAAAUUAUUGUCCGAGAUGCCACAAGGUAUCAUCAUUUUAAAGAUGGAAGAUGUUCAUGCAAUGAUUUUUGGUGAUUAUGAUUCAAAAAUAGCUCUCGAAGUUGCAGUGGAUAUAGCAAGAAGGCUCUGAAACAUAAAAGUUAAUAUCUUUAAGAAAUUAAUUUUCCCCAUUA